UUACUGUCGUAACCCCGCGAUGAGAUAUGGUAAAUACGGAAUGAUCGAGUCUCAGUGAUAAAAUAGACAAAAGGUUUACAUUUGAAUGAACGGAUUAUCCUCUUGCAAUAGUCAAAAUCCCAAAAAUGACAAAAAUUCUUUUGACUGGUGGAUCGGGCUUCAUCGCCGCCCACAUUCUCGAGCUCCUCGUGCAGCGAGGUCAUGAGGUGGUGACGACAGUCAGAUCAGAAGACAAAGCCGCCAAGAUACGUGAAGCACAUCCUAACACGAAGCUUGAGGUAGUCAUCGUUCCUGAUAUCGCCAAGCCGGAUGCUUUUGACGAGGUCGUAAAGACUCCGGGUUUGGAGGUUGUUCUGCACACUGCGUCGCCUUUCCACUUCAACUGGACAGACCCCAAGACCGAACUCCUGGACCCUGCUCUGAUUGGAACAACCUCGAUUCUGAAGGCUGUUAAAAAGUCUGCACCAGGCGUCAAGCGAGUAGUGGUCACCAGCUCCUUUGCAUCCAUCCUUUCAGAAGCUGGUCUAGCAGAUCCGAAAAAGGUUUUUUCGGAAGCUGACUGGAAUCCGAGCACUUACGAAGACGGCCUCAAGGGCAGCAAAGCCACCUCUUAUCGUGUGUCCAAGACGUUGGCCGAGAAGGCAGCAUGGGAUUUCGUCGAAAAGGAGAGACCUAACUUUGACCUCGCGACCAUCUGUCCACCAUUGGUCUUUGGUCCAAUCGUGCACCACCUGAACUCACUUUCGGCAAUCAACACGUCGAAUCAACGCUUCGUGGACCUCAUCCAGGGCAAGUUCAAGGAGGAAAUCCCGGUGACGGGCGUGUUCUUCUGGGUCGAUGUUCGCGACGUAGCUCUGGCUCAUGUCGAGGCGUUUGAGCGACAAGAGGCUGGCGGCAAGAGGUUCUUUACUACAGCUGGCAAGUUCAACAACCGUGAAAUCGUUGCCGCUGUGCGCAAGAACUUCUCCGAUCUCAAGGACAAGCUGCCAUCAGAGGAUGUCAAGGGUGGCGGCUAUCCCGAGGGUGGCGUCUAUGGCUACGAUAACUCGAGAGCUACUAAGGAGCUCGGUAUCAACUGGAUCUCGAUUGAAAAGAGUUCGGUUGAUACUGUUAAGAGUCUCCUCGAGGUCGGGGCUUAAAUCAAACAAAGUAUUCUCGGAACUCAAUACGUACAUAGAUAGAUCCCAUUACACUUAGAUAUGGACCAAUGAGAGUACAACGCGACUUCAAUUCUACGAUUCUAGGAUCUGCCGCAUUA